CAGCGAUCGGGAUGGAUCUGGCAGUGGCGGCCGUGGGGGGCGCGGGCGCGGCGCCGCAGCACCAGCAGAUCCGCGAUGAAGUGGCCGAGAAGUGCCAGAAGUUGUUCUUGGACUUCCUAGAGGAGUUCCAGAACAGCGAUGGAGAGGUCAAGUACCUGCGAGAUGCUGAAGAACUGAUCCGGCCAGAGAGGAACACGUUGAUCGUCAGCUUUGCGGAUUUGGAGCAGUUCAAUCAGCAGCUCUCUACCACUAUUCAGGAGGAAUUUUACAGGGUUUAUCCAUACCUGUGUCGAGCAACAAAGACUUUUGCCAGAGACCACGGAAAUGUUCCUGCAAACAAGGAUUUUUAUGUUGCCUUCCAGGACCUUCCUACCAGACACAAAAUUCGAGAGCUGACUUCAGCAAAAAUUGGCUCCCUGCUGCGCAUCAGUGGGCAGGUGGUUCGUACCCACCCCGUCCAUCCUGAGCUGGUAAGUGGAACCUUCCUGUGCCUCGACUGCCAGACAGUGAUCAAAGAUGUGGAGCAGCAGUUCAAGUACACCCAGCCAAACAUCUGCAGAAACCCAGUCUGUGCCAACAGAAGGAGAUUCCUGCUGGACACAAACAAAUCAAGAUUUGUUGAUUUCCAAAAGGUGCGCAUCCAGGAGACGCAGGGCGAGCUGCCGCGCGGCAGCAUUCCGCGCAGCGUGGAGGUGAUCCUGCGCGCAGAGGCCGUGGAAUCUGCCCAGGCUGGUGACAAAUGCGACUUCACUGGCUCACUGAUUGUCGUGCCUGACGUGUCCCAGCUCGCCACACCAGGGUUACGUGCAGAGACCGGCUCGCGGGUGACGGGGACAGAGGGCUACGAAACCGAAGGCAUCCGGGGGCUGCGCGCCCUCGGGGUCCGGGAGCUCUCCUAUAAGCUCGUUUUUCUGGCUUGUUACGUUGCACCAACAAAUCCACGGUUUGGUGGGAAAGAGCUCCGAGAUGAAGAACAGACUGCAGAAAGCAUUAAAAACCAAAUGUCUGUGAAAGAGUGGGAAAAAGUUUUUGAAAUGAGCCAAGAUAAGAACCUUUACCAUAAUCUGUGCACCAGCCUCUUCCCCACUAUCCAUGGUAAUGAUGAAGUAAAACGUGGGGUCCUGCUGAUGCUCUUUGGAGGAGUUCCCAAGACCACUUCAGAAGGCACUUCAUUGCGUGGGGACAUCAAUGUUUGUGUUGUUGGUGAUCCAAGUACAGCCAAGAGUCAGUUUCUAAAGCACGUGGAUGAGUUCAGUCCCCGUGCUGUGUACACCAGCGGCAAAGCCUCCAGCGCCGCGGGUCUGACGGCAGCUGUGGUGAAAGAUGAGGAGUCCCACGAAUUUGUCAUUGAGGCUGGAGCACUGAUGCUGGCAGAUAACGGUGUUUGUUGCAUUGAUGAAUUUGACAAGAUGGAGGUGCGGGAUCAAGUAGCCAUUCAUGAGGCAAUGGAGCAGCAAACAAUAUCCAUUACUAAAGCUGGAGUGAAGGCUACUCUGAAUGCCAGGACCUCCAUUUUGGCUGCAGCAAACCCAGUUGGUGGCCGCUAUGACAGAUCCAAGUCACUGAAACAAAAUAUCAACCUGUCAGCUCCCAUCAUGUCCCGCUUUGAUCUCUUCUUCAUCCUUGUGGAUGAGUGUAAUGAGGUGACAGAUUACGCCAUUGCCCGGCGCAUCGUGGAUCUGCAUUCCAGAGUGGAGGAGUCUGUUGACCGUGUCUAUUCCUUGGAUGAUAUCCGAAGGUAUCUGCUCUUUGCAAGACAGUUUAAACCAAAGAUAUCCAAGGAGUCUGAGGACUUCAUAGUGGAGCAGUACAAGCGGCUGCGGCAGCGCGAUGGCUCUGGAGUGACCAAGUCAUCCUGGAGGAUCACGGUGAGGCAGCUGGAGAGCAUGAUCCGCCUGUCUGAGGCCAUGGCCCGCAUGCACUGCUGCGAUGAGGUUCACCCAAAACAUGUGAAGGAAGCUUUCAGGCUUUUAAAUAAGUCCAUCAUUAGAGUUGAGACUCCUGAUGUCAAUUUAGACCAAGAUGAUGAACAGCAAAUGGAGGAUCAAGAGGACCAAGAUGGAGUCAAUGGUGAGGCAGAAGCUCCAGCUGGGGUCAAUGGUCUUGUGAAUGGGAUCAAUGGCCAUUCUGAGGAUGUGAGCAAGGAUGCUGCCCCCAAAGCUUCUCUCAGGCUGGGCUUCUCUGAGUACCGACGGAUUUCUAAUCUCCUGGUGCUGCACCUCAGGAAAGCAGAGGAAGAAGAGGACGAUGCAGCACUAAAGAGGAGUGAACUUAUUAAUUGGUAUCUAAAGGAAAUUGAAUCUGAAAUUGAAUCUGAAGAAGAACUAAUAAAUAAAAAGAAGAUCAUAGAGAGAGUCAUUCACCGACUUACACAUUAUGACCACAUUCUGAUCGAACUGUCGCAGUCAGGACUGAAAGGAUCCAGAGAAGAGGAGACUUUUGAUGAUGAUCCAUACCUGGUUGUCAACCCAAACUAUCUGCUGGAGGACUGAGGGCUGAGAAUGGCAUUCUAAAGCUGACUGCUCACAAGUUGGAAAAUGCAUUCUUUUCUUGCAGGGGUUGCUGUAUAGCUAAUUCCUUAA